AUGUUACUUCAAUCUGCGAUCGUCGCCCUAGGCGGCGCAACCCUAGCGGCUGCUGUCACUCCUCUCGAGGUUCAGGGUCAGCAGUUCGUCAACUCCAAGAGUGGUAACGCUUUUCAGAUUGUGGGGAUGGCUUAUCAGAUCGGCGGAAGUGCUGGUUACGACCCAAAGCAUGGGAAGGAUCCUCUCUCUAACGGUGACAUCUGCAAGCGAGACGCCGCUUUGAUGCAGGCUCUGGGUGUCAACACGAUUCGAGUGUACAACUUGGACCCUAAUCUAAACCACGACGAAUGUGCCAGCGUUUUCAAUGCUGCGGGUAUGUACAUGAUCAUUGAUGUGAACUCGCCCUUGGCAGGCGAGUCUCUGAACAGCGGUGCGCCUUGGGAGUCGUACUAUGCCGCAUACCUUAACAGGACCUUCGCCAUAGUUGAGGCAUUCAAGUCUUACCCUAACACCCUUGGGUUCUUCUCCGGUAACGAAGUCAUUGAUAACGUCAAGACUGGUGCUACCGUACCCCCUUACGUCCGUGCUGUCACUCGUGACCUCAAGAACUACAUCAAGAACCACGCCGACCGUGCGAUUCCCGUUGGCUACUCAGCUGCCGAUGUCCGUGAUGUCCUUGAGGAUACCUGGAACUACUUCCAGUGUGCUAUCGAUGGUGACGAGAACGACAUGUCCCGAGCCGAUAUGUUCGCUCUGAACAGUUACUCGUGGUGUGGCGACAGCUCUUUCCAGAAGUCUGGAUAUGACACCCUUGUUACUCUAUUCAAGGAUUCCUCCGUUCCUGUCUUCUACUCCGAAUUCGGUUGCAACACGCCUUCUCCUCGUGUUUUCACUGAGAUUGGCACCAUCUACGGACCGCAGAUGAUGGGUACUUUCGCUGGUGGUGUUGUCUACGAAUGGGCCCAGGAGGACAAUAACUAUGGUCUAGCUGAAUGCAACGACGACGGAACUGUUACACUCUUGGCUGACUACCACACUCUUCACGAUCAGUACAGCAAGGUUGACUUCAACAAGGUUCAGAGCGUCAAGGCUACUAGUAAGAAGGUGACGCCUCCUGAAUGCAAGGCCAGCUUGAUCAAGGAGAAGGGAUUCAACAACAACUUCACCAUUCCCGCCCCUCCCCCUGGAGCUCAAAAGAUCAUUGACAACGGUGUUUCGCCCAAGCCAUCCGGCAAGAUUGUUGACAUCACCGACUACUCCGUCAGCCACAAGGUUACAGACGUCGAUGGAAAGACUCUUUCGAAUCUCGCUGUCAAGCCACUUUCGGGUGACGAAAUCAACACCCCCAGUAGUGGCUCCUCUACCGGAUCCGGCUCGUCUGAGUCCGGCAAUGCUGCCCCUACUUUGGCGCCUCAGGGCCCCCUCUCCGCCGCCGCCAUCGCCAUCCCGGCGAUGAUCGCUCUGUCUUUCACAGCCGGGUUCACGCUGUUCUAG